CCGCUCCGGAAAUCUUUCCUCCAGACGACACCCUAUGCGUUGUGAUACAAUUGGCGCUUGAUCCAUAAAUCUGCGCGCAAUUGUUUGGAUCUUUUUUGAUCACAAUGCUUAGAUCCACCUAUGUCCCACCCCCGCCGUUACCGCCAGGAUGGACCGAACAUAAAGCUCCCACCGGUCAUCUGUAUUACUACAACUCUCAGACCAAACAAUCCACCUAUACUAGGCCUCAGGCGGCCCCCGUACAACCUCCGCCAUCCGCACCGGCACCGGCACCGGCACCCACGAAUAAUGCGCCAUUUCUGACACCGGAUACACUCCCUCCUUUCUCCUCCACACCAUAUGCCCCUCACGGGUUCGGGUAUGGCGCCGCCUCUCAUGGAGCACAGCAUGACGGCCAGUCUCGCGGAGGUUUUCGUGGCGGAAGAGGAUACCAUGAUCGCAAGCACCGGGGGCCAGAAGAUCGACCAAAAACAAAACAUGAUAUCCCGGGCUGUGCGCCAUGGGUGCUCGUGAGGACCAAACUGGGGCGAAGGUUCGUCUACAAUCCAGAGACGAAUGAGAGUUUUUGGAAGAUCCCUCCGGAGAUCUUGGUGGGAGUCGUCGAGUACGAUCGCUUGGAGAGAGAGGCCAAAGAAAGGAAGGCGCGAGGCGAAGAAGUGGAGGACGUCGCGAAACCAGAACUCGAGGCUGAUACUUCCGAUCAACAAAAGCGGGAAGAAGUGGGAACUGGUGCCGCUGCGGAGGCUGGAGAACAAAGCGAUGAGUAUGAAGAAGUCGAAGUCACCGAUACCGAGGGCGAAGAAGAACCUUCUUUCAAGCGACCGAGGACCGAUGGAGAAGAAGAGCAACAGCAGCCUAUGGAGUUUACGGAGGAGGAUAUGGAAUACCAACUAGCGGCUAUGGGAGAAGAAUAUGGCCUCGACCCUGGGGAAUACGGCGAACCUGGAGAAGACGAGUGGGAAGAGGGCGCAGAAGGGCUACCACUCACGGAGGAGGAUGCUACGGCUCUGUUCCGCGAUCUCCUCGAUGAUUAUCACAUUAACCCAUUCUCUACGUGGGAAAAGGUCAUCGAAGAAGGUCACAUCAUUGAUGAUACUCGCUACACAGUACUCCCGAACAUGAAGACGCGUCGUGAAGUAUGGUCCAAUUGGACCCGGGACCGCAUCCAAGACCUCAGGGAACGGAAAGCAAAGCAAGAAAAGAAGGAUCCACGCAUAAAAUACCUAGCCUUCCUCCAGGAACAUGCCACGCCCAAGCUGUAUUGGCCCGAAUUCAAACGGAAAUACAGAAAGGAGCCGGAAAUGAAGGACACGCAACUCUCAGACAAAGACCGAGAAAAGUACUAUCGUGACCUGGUUUCUCGGCUGAAGCAGUCAGAAAGCACGCGGAAGUCGGAACUUUCAGCACUAUUGAAAUCCGUGCCACUUCACGAACUGAACCGGUCGUCGAACCUGGAAGCACUCCCUCCCGCCAUUAUCACUGACCUCAGAUACAUUGCGCUUUCGCCCAAAGUGCGUGACCCGCUUAUUGAAACCUACAUCUCUACCUUGCCUUCUGCGCCGGAAAGCGACAUGACCGCCGAAGAAAAAGAGGAACUAGACAAAAGGAAGGUGGAACGUGACCGACGCGAAAAGGCGCUGGCAGAACGAGAGAAACAGGUGCAAGAGGACAAGCGAAAGCAAAGAAGUGAUCUUGUUCGUGGUAAACACCUUUUGAAAGAGGGUGAGGCGGAGAUCGAGGAAGCCAUGAGAGUCAAUAAGGGAGGCCUCCGAAGCUAUAUGGAAGCUGAAGAUCAGUCUUCGAAGGGCGAAGGCGAAACCGCCAGCCAACAGCCAUGAAUAUUUAAGGUGGGCAACCCGUGUGAUCUAUAGAAGCAUACUGAUGAUUGCAAAUGACUGUAAAAAUACAUGCUCAAUCCUUUU